GCUUUGGCGCGCUAUUUUCAGUGCGCGGUUCAACAAUAAAGCGUAGAUCCAACAGCAAAGCAAUACUAAAAUAUUAACAAACUAUGCCAAUAUGUAGGCUAAUGCAAUGUCAACGACAGGGACAGAGAGACAGACAGCAAUAGCAAUAGCAACCGCAACAACAGUAAUAAUAGGAAGUGCGAAAUAACAAAUAAAAAUUUGAUACCUCGAAAACGGCGAAUGAGACGAGCAAAACACAGACGACGAAAACAGAACAAAGCGUAGUCAAAGCGUGCGCUGCUUUAGUCUGUCUCUCUGUCGGGCCAGUCAGCAGCGUGUACCCAAAAGCAAUUAUAAUUUGUUUUGUCUCGUUUGGGUUUUGGCAUGUGAGCGUGGACUCUUCACUUUGUUUUUUAUUUAUUUUUGUUAUUUUCCGUCUCUCAAAUUAUUUCGGAUAUGUUAGCCAAAAGAAUGUGCGGUAUGCGCGUUUCAAAAAAGUAUCAACUCAAGCCUCGUGGCUCAACAAAAAGUUGCUAAGCAAUUCAUUAGAAACGGUCUGCAUCGAAUACGACGACGGCUAAACAAAAAGUAAAUUCGCAGUGGAGUUUUGCUCAUUUUUUUUCGAUGAGCUGUAAACGGAACAGACUGAUGGUCAAAUCGAAUCAACUUGUACUGGUGCGCCAUGGCGAGAGCGAAUUCAAUCUGAAGAAUCUGUUUUGCGGCUGGCACGAUGCGCCGCUCAGUGCAGGUGGUAUAGAGGAGGCGCGCUCCGUGGCCGCUGCCAACUUGAAUCGAGCCAAAAUGACCUUCGACAAGGUUUACUGCUCGAAGCUUUGUCGUUCGAGGGAAACUGUCGAAGUGAUAUUAAGCGAAAUGAAAUGCUCCUUUUUGCCAAUUGUAUCCGAUUGGCGGCUGAACGAGCGGCAUUAUGGCAACUUGACGGGGAUUAAUAAGCGCGCCCUGGCCAAUGAGUAUGGCGAGGAGAUGGUGCAGUGCUGGCGACGCAACUACGACGGCUUGCCGCCAGCCAUCGACACCUCCAAUAUCUACUACUAUCAGAUUGCCAACAAUCCUGCCUUUCAGGAAGUGCCACCCACUGAAUUCCCCCUCACCGAGUCCAUGCGCAUGUGCGUGGAUCGCGUCAGCCCCGUUUGGCUAGAGAUCAAAAAGGACAUCCAAAAGGGUACGCGUCUGUUGGUCGUUGUCCAUGGCACCAUUGCCAGAUCUCUGAUUAAACUAAUUGAAGAUAUGACUGAAGAGCAGAUUGAAAAGGUCAACAUUCCCAAUUGUGUGCCAAUGAUAUACGAUUUCAAUAUCAAGACCGGGAAGCUUAAUGGGGGUCUCAAAUAUUUGGGCGAUCUCGAAUAUAUUGAGAAAAUGAAGAAGAAAGUCGCGGCCAUUGGCGAUUGAAGAUGUAAAAAGUUUGUUAUAAAAGAACCAAGUAUUUAACCCUAAGACCAUAUUAUAUAAUUUUUGUAUUUAUCCGA